UCGCAAAUCAAUGCACAAACCCUCUUGUUCUGAUAGCUCACUCUCUCCUAAAAUUUCUGGCGAAAACCCUCGAAAUUCGUCGAUUGAAGAAGAUAAAUGGCGGAUAAGGGCAAAGGAAUCGCAGAUGAUUCUUCAUCGGGGAAACGGAAACGCGACGGAGACGAGAAAUCUGGUCACAGAAAGAGAAAGAACCUCAGUGUCCUCCAGUUCUUCGAGGAUUCGGCUUUUGAAAUCGAGGAGAGCGGUUCGAGUGACGAUGACGAUUUUAUCAAUGAUGUGUUUCUUGAAGAUGACUUUGGCCCCGACCUUGAAGUCAAGACUGAACCAAAGACUCCUAACCUUCCCUUUUUCCCCAAAGAAGAGGAUAUGGAUGAAGAGGAACUAGAGAAAGUCUUGGAGGCACGUUAUCAGCCAGGAUCUAAUUUUGUUAAAUACUCGGAAGAUCGAACUGAAGCUGCAAGGUCGGAUGAUCGCAACACGUCAAUGCCAUUUGUUUUGGAUCCAACAAUCUGGAAAGUCAAAUGCACGGUUGGACGUGAGAGGCAUUCAGUUUUCUGUCUCAUGCAGAAGUAUGUUGACUUGCAAUCUCUUGGAACCAAGUUGCAAUUAGUUUCGGCAUUUGCUGUUGAGCAUGUCAAAGGUUUUAUUUACAUUGAAGCUGAAAAGCAAUGUGAUAUCAAUGAGGCAUGCAAAGGUCUUUGUAAUAUAUAUCCAAGUCGAGUGGCUUCUGUUCCAAUGUCCGAUGUUCCACAUUUAUUCUCUGUUCGAAGCAAGUACAGUGGGGUAUCUGUGGACACCUGGGCUCGUGUGAAAAGUGGGAAAUACAAGGGGGACCUAGCACAGGUUGUGCAUGUGGAUGAAGCUAAGAGGAAAGCUACUGUUAAGCUUGUCCCAAGAAUAGAUCUACAAGCUGUGGCUGAAAAAUUUGGUGGAGGAGUUACUGGCAAGAAGUCUACUAUCCCAGCCCCUAGAUUGAUCACUUCUAGCGAACUUGAGGCAUAUCGACCUCUUGUUCAGUAUAGACGUGACCGUGACACUGGUGACAUGCCUACUGAAGCUGAGCUUAUAAAAUUUACGCCUGCCAGGAAAGAAGAAUCCAAUGAUGUAGAGUGGCUUACUGGACUUUUUGGUGAACAUAAGAAGAAAAAGCAAACAAUAAAGAAUGAUAAAGUGGGCGGAAAAGGAGAGGGUUCUUCGAGCUCCAGCAUUGAGAACGGUUUUGAAGUUCCUGAUCUUGUGUUCCACGGUCGCAAAGCUUUUGGGAUUGUAAUUGGCCGAGAGAAGGAUGACCGCAUUAAGGUUUUGGAGGAAGGUUCAGAACGGCCUGUGGUGGUGGCCGUUGAAGCUCGUUUGUUGAAGAAGGCAGCCUUUGAUAAGAAAUUUAAUGCCCUAGAUAAACAUAAGAAGAUCAUAUCAACGAACGAUUCUCUGAGGGUGUUGGAAGGUCCACUAGAGGAUAAAAAGGGAAUUGUCAAGCAAAUCUACAAAGGGGUUGUCUUUUUGCAUGAUGAGAACGAAACAGAUAAUUGCGGUUAUUUUUGUGCCAAAGCACAAAUCUGUGAAAAGAUGGAAUUUUCUGCAGAUCUUCUCAAAGGAAAGGGUGGCAAAUCGGAUGCCUCUGGGUUUGAUGAUUUUCCAUCGUCGCCCAAGUCUCCUCUAUCACCUACGAAACCAUGGGAAGGGAGAGAAAAUAGCCGCAACUUCGAUCGGGAAGAAAAAGAUGGGUUCUCUGUUGGCCAAUCAUUGAGAAUACGUGUGGGUCCUUUAAAGGGAUACAUGUGCCGUGUUAUGGCAAUUCGAUAUUCGGAUAUUACAGUGAAGCUUGAUUCUCAGCACAAGAUUCUUACAGUUAAAGCUGAGCAUCUUGCGGAGGUUCGUGGAAAAACUUCUGGUGCAUCCAUGGGGGAUGGGCAGGACUCUACGAAGCCAUUUGAAUUACUCGGAGAUCAUGGGAGUUCCCAAGGUUGGAUGGAUGGAGGAGUAGCAACCGAGACUGGAGGGUGGAAUACUGGAGGCCCAUCUACUGAAAGGAGUUCAUGGGCACCAUUUCCUGCAGCAGGAUCAUCGCUUCAACCAGAAUCCGGUUCAGCAAAUCCCUUCAACUCUGGGGAUAAUGAAGCCAAUAAAGAUGUUGGUGGUUCUGCUUGGGAGACUAAAACGACACAAGAUCAGAGUUCGGCAUGGGGUGCAGCUGCAAGUGAAAAGAAAGAUGGUGGCUGGGGAGCAGGUCCUAGUGGUGUUAAAAAUGAUGAUGCAGGAUGGGGUGGGGCAAAGCUGAAAGAUACUCCUGGUGAUACUACUGCGUGGGGCAAUGCUGGUGCAACUCAAACUGAUGAAAACAAGUCGGCUUGGAGUUCAGCUGCUGCACCCACAACUCAAACUGGUGGAUGGGGUGCCAUGAAAAAAGAUACCGAAGAUAGUAAAGGGUGGGGCAAGCCAGAUGCUGCUAGUGCUGAUGGCGGUUCUUGGGGUAAACAAUCUGGAGGAUCUUCAUGGGGAGCUGACAAAAACCAAGAUUCUGGGGCGGGUGGUUGGGGAAAAGCACCAUCCGCAACUGGGGGAGAAUCUGGAAAGUGGGGAAGUGCCGAUAAUAAAACUGAGGUUGCAACUGGUUGGGGUAACAAUAAGGAAGGAGGAUCCUCUUGGAGUAAACCAGAUCAAGAUGGUGGUGGGUCGUCAUGGAGUAAACAGGAUGGAGGAUCCUCAUCAUGGGGUAAGCCAGCUGGUGGAGGGGGGUCUUCAUGGAGCAAUCAAGAUGGUGGAUCUUCUUGGAGUAAACAAGAUGGAGGCCGUGGUGGUGGCAGAGGUGGUAGCCAAGGGGGCCGUGGAAGCGGUGGCAAUGCUUGCUUCAAGUGUGGUGAAACUGGGCAUAUGUCCCGGGAGUGCCCUCAGGGUGGCAGCAGUGGUGGGAACACUUGCUUCAAGUGUGGUGAGUCGGGGCAUAUGUCGAGAGAGUGUACCAAAGGUGGUGGGAAUGCAUGCUUCAAGUGUGGUGAAUCGGGCCACAUGUCUCGUGAAUGCCCCAAGGGUGGUGGUGGCGGUGGAGGGAAAUCUUGUUUCAAAUGUGGCGAGUCUGGACAUAUGUCCAGGGAGUGUCCUCAAGGUGGUGGCGGUGGCGGUGGCGGCGGCGGCGGAAAAUCUUGUUUUAAAUGUGGUGAGAGUGGACAUAUGUCAAGGGAAUGCCCUCAAGGUGGGGGUGGUGGCGGUGACAGAAGCUGCUAUAAAUGUGGUGAGUCUGGACAUAUGUCCAGGGAGUGCCCUCAAGGCGGCGGCGGCGGUGGAGGCGGUGGUGACAGAAGUUGCUAUAAAUGUGGUGAGUCUGGACAUAUGUCCAGGGAGUGUCCUCAAGGCGGCGGCGGUGGAGGCGGCGGUGACAGAAGUUGNUGUCCUCAAGGCGGCGGCGGUGGAGGCGGCGGUGACAGAAGUUGCUAUAAAUGUGGUGAGUCUGGACAUAUGUCCAGGGAGUGUCCUCAAGGCGGUGGUGGUGGUGGUGGAAAAUCUUGUGGUGGUGGUGGUGGAAAGUCUUGUUUCAAAUGUGGGGAGAGUGGACAUAUGUCUAGGGAAUGUCCUCAAGGCGGUGGUGGUGGCGGUGGAAAGUCUUGUUUCAAAUGUGGUGAGAGUGGACAUAUGUCUAGGGAAUGUCCCAAAGGUGGUGGAGGUGGUGGUGACAGGAGUUGCUAUAAAUGUGGUGAGAGUGGGCAUAUGGCUAGGGACUGCUCUCAGGGUGGUGGUGGUGGCGGCGGUGGUGGCAGAGGUGGAGGCUAUGGUGGUGGUGGUGGUUGGGGCACAGGGGGGUGGGGAAGUGAUAAAAAAGAGAGUGGGCAAUCAAGUGGUUGGAGCAGUGGUAAUCAAACAGGGGGAGGGGGAUGGGGAAGUGAUAAAAAAGAGAAUGGGCAAUCAAGUGGUUGGAGCAGUGGAGGAUGGUGA